AUGCUACAGACCCUGAAGGAAAACCCCCGCUUCCUCCAGGACAAAAUCAAGCACUACUUUAAUGAGAACACACACAGACUGACCCUGUCCAUGAGUCCGGAUGAGGUCUACUUGGAGAAACAGGCCAAAGCCGAGGAGGAGAAGCUCCAGAAAAAGAUCCAUGCUCUGUCAGACAGCGACAAAAAAGACAUCUAUGAAAAAGGUCUGGAGCUGCUGGCUGCUCAGAGCAAAACGCAGGACGCCUCCUGUUUGCCGGCGCUGAAAGUGUCUGACAUUGAGCCCACGAUCCCUGUUACUCCUGUUCAGAUCAGCACAGCAGUCGGCGUACCGGUGCAGUACUGUGAGCAGCCCACCAACGGGCUAGUUUACUUCAGAGCCAUGUGCAGUCUCAACACACUGCCGGAGGACCUCAGGCUCUAUGUCCCGCUCUUCUGCAGCGUUGUCACCAAGAUGGGCUGUGGAGGUCUGGACUACAGACAACAGUCCCAGCAGAUGGAGCUGAGGACUGGGGGCAUGUCUGUCUCCACCCAGGUCGUCCCUGACUCCACCCAGCUGGACAUGUACGAGCAGGUCAGUACCAGCUUACUGUGUUUGAAAAGUCUUACAAAUACAUGGAUAAAAAAAAGGAAUCCAAACUCGGUGCAGACCUUGUCUGCGUUUCGUCGAGGUGUGGACUGGGCGAAGUCGGGACAGUUCACCCAGCAGGACAUCGAUGAAGCUAAACUGUCAGUGUUCUCGGCUGUAGACUCGCCUGUGGCCCUUGCGGACAAAGGAAUGGGUCGCUUCCUCAGCGGAGUCACCGAUGAGAUGAAGCAGAAUCACAGAGAAAGACUUUUUGCUGUCACUCACCAAAGUCUGGUGGAAGUGGCUGAAAGAUACCUCGGCGUCGGUCAGAGGACGUGUGGAGUUGCUAUCUUGGGUCCAGAGAACGAGGCGAUUAAAAAAGAUUCCUCAUGGAUCGUAAAAUAAUACAGUCUGUAGGUAACUUGUUAUUUAAAUACUCAACUGGACUUCUGGAGAAUCACAGCUGCACGACUUCUUCUGUACUGAAUGCUGAAAGUCUACGGUUAGGAUUUUUUAUUAAAGAGUCAAAAAAGCUGAAGCGCACAAUAUCAAGAGGAGGACUGAGAGCUGCUGUCAUGGUUCAGAUACGUCUUCAUUCUGUAUAUAUUUAAUGAAAUAUAUGAUCAUGUUGGAAUACA